AUGACAGCUGAAACUUGCCGCUUUGAAGAACACCAAAAUAGUCAGAAUAAAAAUUCUGAACCUCAACACACUCAUACACACGAUCAUAGUCAUAGCCAUGAUCAUGGCCAUACUCAUGAACAAUUGGACUCUCCUGGAUUAUACACUGAUAGACCCAAAGCUAUCUAUGAUAAUCGUGAUUGGUCCGAGAGAGCCUUUACUGUUGGUAUUGGAGGGCCUGUUGGUUCUGGCAAGACGGCUUUGAUGUUGGCCUUAUGUCAACGUCUUCGUGAUCAAUACUCAAUUGCAGCUGUAACAAACGAUAUCUUCACUAAAGAAGAUACUGAGUUUCUAGUUCGUAAUGCCGCUUUACCUGAAGAGCGUAUUGCUGCCAUUGAGACUGGUGGUUGCCCUCAUGCCGUAAGUCCAGAUGUCUCUGCCAAUUUGAAUGCCUUAGAGACACUUCAUGCCAAAUUUAACACACAACUCUUAUUGAUCGAAUCUGGUGGCGAUAACUUGGCUGCUAACUAUAGCCGUGAAUUAGCCGAUUAUAUCAUUUACGUUAUUGAUGUUGCUGGUGGUGACAAGGUUCCCAGAAAAGGAGGUCCAGGUAUUACUCAAAGUGAUUUACUGAUUAUUAACAAGACAGACUUGGCGCCUAUUGUCGGUGCAGAUUUGGACGUCAUGGCUCGUGAUGCUAAAAAGAUGAGAGGUGAUGGCCCAACUGUUUUUGCCCAAGUCAAGAAUGGCGUUGGAAUGGAUGACAUUAUUUCCCUCAUCUUAGGAGAAUGGCGUGCUAGCGGUGCCGCUGCUGCUAAUUAA